UCCACCGUGUAACCACCGCUACCGCCGCCGUAGCUUCAAUUCCGAAAUGGCGAACGUCGAUGAACUCUUAUCUUCCUUAAUCUCAGACAUCAAUUCCUACACCGGCAAAGACCCUCUUCUACCUUGGCUUCGAGCGAUCCGAAAGAUGAAGGAUACUCUUCCACCCGUAACCCUAAACGAAAAAUUACCCGAGUUAUUGCAGAAAUGCGCCCACACCUUCGAGCUCGAUCGGCGUUACAGAAACGAUAUGCGCUAUCUUCGGGUUUGGCUCCACCUGAUGGACUUCGUGGAUGAUCCAGAAUCUCUUUUGAAAAUCAUGGAGGUUAAUCAUAUUGGGACAAAACGUUGUCAAUUCUACCAAGCAUAUGCUCUUUACUACGAGAAGAGCAAGAAGUAUGAGGAAGCAGAGAAAAUGUACCAUUUGGGAGUGAAAAACCUCGCAGAGCCUCUAGAUGAAUUGCAGAAAUCAUUUGAACAAUUUCUUCAACGCAAGGAGCGAAGGAAUAACAAGAAAAUCCAGGAUGAGAGCAACAGAUUUCGUGGUGAUGAUACAGUUGUAGUCAAGUUUGUUGACACUGCCAUGGUUGGAAAGUCUGAAGCAGAAGAUGCAUGCCAUCAUGGAUUGGUGGACCCUACAAUAAAUAUGAAGGAGGCCAUGAAUGCCAUUAACAGCAUGUUCCGGGAGCCAUUAGAGACUGUUCCAUUAGCCAGGAAAUCACAUAAAAACCAUUCAAAAGAAGAUCGUAGUACAAAUAAUGAUUUUGAAGUUUUUGUUGAUGAAAACUUGGAUAGUGGAAUCAAACCAUCCAGUUCCUUAUCACUUCAGCACAGGGCUGAAGCUAGCCAACCUCCCCAAGAACCACUCCAGAUAUAUAUUGAUGAUGAAGUACAUUCUGAGAGCAGUGAUGUGAAUGUGAAUUUGUCUGAAGGUUGUACUUCAGCUUCUCAACCAAAUGGCUUUGUUUUUCCCCAUCCCAAGGAUAUUCCUUCUGAAAAGUCUAGUGAUAUGGAUGUUGAAAGCUCUCGAAAUUCAAAGUUCAGAGAAGAUACAAUCGUUUGCAGAUUUGUUGGUUCUACAAUUUUGGAUGAACCAGAGGUGGAAAAUGUUUGCCACCAUGGUUUAGUAGACCCCACUAUCAACCUGAAGGAAGCUAUGGAUGACAUAAAUAACAUGUUUGGAAAGCCAAUAGAUUUUGUUAGAAGAAGAAGAACAACCAAGCAGGAGAAAGCACCCGAAAGCAAUAGUAGAAAGGACAUUGGUGGGUUUUCAAUAUUUGCUGACGAUGAUGAUCACAUGGAACAAGAAGGUCCACCACCACCGCCACCCCAAAAAUUGGCAGGAAAGUCAAAGGAAUCUGAUUUGUUUGAGCCAACUCUCCUCACAAAGGAAGCCAUGGACGAUAUAAACAAGAUGUUUAAUAUGCCCCUGAAUUUUUAG